AUGGAACACACAAGACAAGCCUUGAAAGAUAUAGGGACCAAUUCCCCCAGCGUCAAGAGACAAAAAUUGAAUAACAAUUCUUCACAUCAAAAUCAAAAUCAACAUCAACAUAAACAUGAGCGCCAGGCAAUAACAGAAAGUUUGAAAGAAUGGAGGAAAAGUUGGCUUGCUGCUAUGCGUGAAGCAGUGAUAUAUUUUGAUAGUAAUGAUCUAGCUAGUACAGAUUAUUCAUCUAUAAAGAAACGUGAAAAGGAAAAAGCUAUGAAAUUAUUUACUCAAGUGGGCGCUACUAUACAAAAAUUUUAUGAUAAUAAAGUUACAAUUGUUGUUUCAAGAAGAGAUAAAUCAGAUCUACCGCAAAAUAUGCUACAAGAUACAAGAUUGAAAAUUUGGAAUUACGAAAAAGUAUUUAGAUUUUUGAAAAAUCUUGGAGAAAUACCUUCACCUGUUCAACCUAAAACUCAAAAUAAACAUUUAUCAUCCUUAUUACAUGAUGAAAAACUUUAUGGUCCUAAUGAUCGUGAUCCAAGUGCUAAAAGGGAUGAUUUCAAUUAUUUCAAGAAUCAAUAUUUCUUUGUUUAUGAUUUACGUCAAGUCACAAGACCAAUUGCAGUUAGAGAAUGGAAAAAUAAAGAUCCAAAAAAACCAUACCCACAUUUAUAUGCAUCAAGUUAUGGUAGAUCACCAUUUAUUCCAGAUCCUGCUGAUAGUACUUUACCCAAAAAGAUACAACGCAGAAAAAUAAGAGAUGAACAAAAUAGAAGAUACAGAGAUAAACUUCGUGUGAUUUAUAAUGAAGCUGAAGGUAGAGUUUUCGGGGAUCCAUUUAGUGAUUUUUCAGAAGGUGAAAGUGAUUCUACUUUAUAUGAUCGUGAAAAUGUUGAUACAAUGCCACCACCUGCUAAAUUAGAACAACAAGGUGUACCAGAUUUAACAAGACAAGCAUCAUUAAUAUCAAAUAAAUUUAUGGAAGUUACUAAAAGAGAUAAUUAUGAAAUUCAAGCAUCUGGAUAUAAUGGCUCAACAAACGUUUCACAACAAUCAACAGAAGUUCAAACGAAAAAUGGUCUUGCACCAACAGGGUCAUCAGUUGCAUCAAAACAAGUUAAUUCAUUAACAAAGAAAUUAAUUUUCAAAAAACAACAAAAAGCAAAUAUUGAACAAGCACAAAGAUCUAAACAAAAAGUUCCAGGAUAUUGUGAGAAUUGCAGAGUUCAUUUUGACGAUUUUGACGAACAUAUCAAAUGUAACAAACACAGAUCAUUUGCCAUUGAAGAUUCCAAUUUCUCUGAUAUUGAUAAUUUGAUUGGUAAACUUAACGAUAACAUUGCAUUUAAAACAUAG